UAAACCAAUUUUUUACCCCCAGAGAAAAAGACCGGCAAGCUAAACUCAUUAUCAAAAUGCAGGGAAAUAUGACGUCGAUUAGCAACCCUGAAAACCCCAGUAACCAGCUCAAGGUGUUUCAGGACCUGGGGCAGGGUGUUCUCCGAAAUGCUUUCGAAGGUUACAACUGUUCUCUGUUUGCCUAUGGCCAGACGGGAUCAGGAAAGUCAUAUUCCAUGGUUGGCUACGGACCUAACAAUGUCUUUCUUUCAACACAGCGAUUUCAAGUGACGUUCUCCAUGCUGGAGAUUUACAACGAGCAAGUUCGUGACCUUCUGUCGAAGGAUAGCCUUAAAGGAGGGACUUCCUGUGCGGCAGAAUCCCAAACUGGGCAUGUUUUACAACAUGUACAUAUUAACAGCUGUGAAAGUGCACAGUUGUGUCUCCACUCAGGUACCUCAAACAGAACGGUCGCUUCAACAAACAUGAAUGCAACCAGCAGUCGGGCUCACACCGUGGUCACAAUCGUCUUUGACCAGAUCAUCAAGAACUCAGAUGGAGACGAGACUAAGAUCAGUAGCACCAUGAACCUGGUGGACCUGGCGGGGUCUGAGCGAGCUGACUCUACUGGAGCCACAGGGGAUCGAUUAAAGGAGGGAGCCAACAUCAACAGAUCCCUGUCGGCUUUGGGCAAUGUGAUUUCUGUUGUUGUGCCUUACAGAGAUUCAGUACUGACAAAACUUCUGCAGAAUGCACUUGGAGGCAACAGCAAAACUGUGAUGAUUGCAGCACUGUCGCCAGCAGACAUCAACUACGAUGAGACACUGUCCACUCUCCGGUAUGCCGACAGAGCCAAGAAGAUCAAGAACAAAGCUGUUAUCAAUGAAAACCCCCUUGAUAAAAUGCUUAGAGAGCUUAAGAUAUUGAUUUUCUACACAGAAAUGGAGGCGAUGAGAAAAGACAUGGAAGAGAAAAUAAGAGCCCAAUUAAUGGCCAAUCAACAACUGAUUGGUGACAGUGAAAAGUCUUGGGACGAAAAGGUGAGCAGAAGUAAAACUAAUAACUUAUAUGCCUUUGCUAAGGAAGAACACCAAGAAGUUGUUAGAAAGAACAAAGAACCUCAUCUAAUUAACCUCAAUGAAGAUCCCAUGUUGUCUGGAACAGUUAUUGGUAACAAAAAUGGCAACCCUGACAUUGUUUUAAAUGGUUUAAGCAUUCAGAAAAAUCAUGCGGUUCUAACAGUAGAAAAUGGAGACAUAGUAAUCAAGCCUGGCUCUGAUGGAGCCAAGAUUCGGGUAAAUGGUAUUGCAAUAACUGGAUCCAGAACUCUUGAGCACAUGGACAGGAAAGCAGAUAAAAUUACAUUUUCAUCGUUACUUUCAGGGUCAAACCAUGUGUAUUAUUUUGUCAACCCCUUGAAGCCAAAAGCACCCGAAGACACCCCUAAAGAAAUCACAUGGGAAUAUGCACAGAAGGAAGUGGCUGAGGCCAAAGGUUUUGCUAUAGGUUUAGCAGGGCUCACAAAAGAACAACAGAUAGUCCAGGAGCAGAUACUGGAAGUCCUCCCCAUGGUGUCAGAGGUGAAUGCUGUGUCUGAAGAACUGAACAAACACAAGUCUUUUGAAGUGGUUUUAGUUCCUUCAGCGAUACAGGUCAACAACAGUGGGAAAUCUGACAGCGGGGCUCAAGUGAUGGUGAAGAUGAAAGACCUCCUGAAUGGAAACACCUGGCUGUGGGAACAUGGAAAAUUCAUGAAUCGGAGAUAUCUUAUUCAGGAAAUGUACCAGAGAUAUAUUGAUGGAGAAAACAUGUCUUCUAUACCAAAAGAGAAGGAUCCAUUCUGGGAGCCAGCGGAGGAUGUUCUUAUUGGAACAGCUAACGUCUUUCUUCAGUCCUUGUUGUAUGCCCUCGACUUUGCUGAUGAGCUCUCGGUGACUGACUACAAAGGUCUGGAGGAGGGGAAGCUGAUGAUCAGCAUCAACCCUUGUGACCAGUCUGGGCUGACACUACACGACGACAACUUUGUGGAGGACCCCAAGGACCUGCUGGAUAAGCCAUUUCAUUUUAAAAUAAGCAUACGUUCUGCAGAAAUCUACAAGACCCGCUAUUCCAAAGGCAUAAAAGUCAAGUAUCGGCUGCUGAAUGACAAAGAUUUUACGGAGACCAAAAUGUUAACAGGCACUCUGACACCUGAGUUUUGCCACUACAG